AUGGCAACUACUACAACAACAGUAUCAACAGGGUUACCAAACUCCGAGGUCAAACUAUUAUCUACCACAACAAUCUCACUUCCAUCUCCAGUAUCUGACAUCACGGAUGAUGACCUCCUGCCAAUGCCCGAGUUUGACCCAGCAAUCCACCUCGCUUUCGAACUACCUACAAAACGACAUACAUUUUCCGAAUACGGCUUKUCGAAACCAGACUCAUGUCCCGAUGUUUGCUUCACUGAGCCGUUUCCAUUGUUCUCAGAGGAAGGUGUGCGCAUGUUACGAAGGGAAUUGCUGCAAAAGAAAGUUUUAGAUAAGCAUCUGUGGUCUUGGGAUAGAGCACCUUGCUAUAUUCGUGCUAUUGAGCCGACAGCGAAAUGGAUCAAUAAUGUCUGGAAUCACCCUGCCGUCACAGAAUGCAUGAGCAAAGCCUUUGGGGUGCCUCUCAAAGUGCUCGGUCGCAGAGGCGAAGUAGCACAUGUCAACAUUCAACUGGGACCGGAGGGAGUCGAGGGCGUUUAUAAACUCGGAGAGCAACCGUCGGCUCCGUUUCCUCCUCUUCUGGAAGACAAUAACAAUAAUACACAGAGUGAUGCCACGCAGUUUAUAGAUAGCUGGCACCGAGACUCGACACAAGUCGUCUGUGUGCUCAUGUUGAGUGACACCAGUACCAUGGUUGGCGGCGAGACAGCAAUAGACUUAGGCGAUGGCCGCAUUGUCAAAGCGCGCGGUGCUCGCAUGGGCAGCGCUGUUAUGAUGCAGGGCUGUCACCUCCGCCAUGCAGCGUUACCUGCCAAAAACGCCCCUGAGCGGAUAAGCAUGGUGACCAGUUAUCAUUUCGUCGACCCGGAUCUGGACGACAGCGGCACUUCUCUGAGGAGUAUCAGUCCACAAAAUAUGGAUGUCCCCAUUAUCAACGAUCAUUUUCUACUUCAUAAAAUGCUCAAGUUGCGGGAAAGGAUUGAUAAGAUGAUUGAUAAAGUGCAACAAACGCAGAGAUCAGGGGCAAUGACUGCGAGGGAGGCGGUGGAGCCGUGGAUUGUUGAGCAGAUGAAAUUUUUGAAGCUGACGUCGUGGGAGUUGUGUGAGCGAUAUCCUGAAUGGCUUUACAAGGAUGUGCCUGAGGAAGUGAAGCAGAAGUACCUGCCCAGUGUAUAA